GCAUCAUUAAAACCAGGAGCACUUUAUUCUGGAUAAAACCAUGAACAGUAUUGCUGUAUAAAUGAAAAUUUGAUAAUUGAGAGCAACAAAACAGAGAUGGUGACUUUCUCGGUCGGUGGCUCCGACGACGGGGAAGGUCCUAGCAACCCAAACAACAAGCGACGAAGGGUAGACGACGGCGAAGAAGAAGAAACAACAGCAGCAGCAGUAGAAGGAGAACAACAAGAAAACCGACAACCACAAGAAGGGUUCGAAAUGGAAACCCCUCCGAUCGGAACCGUAGAAAACGAAGGAAAUGAACUAACCUCUGGAUCCAACGGUUACGACGUUGGUAAGAACGUAUCUGCCAUCAUUUCCGACCCUGAUGUUCUCGAUUGCUUCAUUUGCUCUGAACCAUUAACAAUUCCUAUUUUUCAGUGUGAGAAUGGGCAUAUUGCUUGUUCUAAUUGCUGUUCCCAACUUAGGAACAAGUGUCCCAUGUGCUUAAUGCCCAUUGGAUACAACCGUUGUCGGGCUAUGGAGAAGUUGCUGGAAUCUAUUAAAAUAUCAUGCCCGUGUGCAAAAUAUGGCUGUAAAGAGAUGUUUAGUUGCAGUAUGAAAAGUAGCCACGAGAAGGAAUGCACAUAUAUACCAUGUAAAUGUCCACACACAGGUUGUGGCUUUCUCGCCUCAUCCAAGGAGUUAGCCCUCCAUUUCAGCCAUAGGCAUGUAGGCUUUGGAGUACAAUUUACAUAUGACAAAUUUAUAUCUGUCGUCUUAAAUACUGGACAAAAAGAAAUUGUUCUUCUAGAUCAAAAUGAUGCUAGACUAUUUAUUGUUCACAAUAACCUUGUGGAUUUGGGAAAUAUGGUCCAUAUUAGCUGCCUUGGCCCCAAAGCAAUGGCUGGUUUUCAUUAUGAUGUUUUGGCUAGGUCUCAAGGAAGCACUUUAAUCUUGCAAUCUUCUACCAAGACCAUUCAAGACAAUAAUGGUGGUGCUCCCAGAACUGGGUUCCUUUUGAUUCCUUCUGACUAUUUUGGUUUUGGACAACUCAAACUGGAUAUUCGUAUAAAGUCUCACUAAACCUUUGCUGGAGAUUGAAAAGGGCUCUAUCUUAGUUGAUUGCUAUAUGUAUAUACCUAGAUUUAGGAUUUUAUCAUAUGAAACAAUUUACUCUAUGUGAGUGUAGUUGAAUUUGAUUGCUGUCAAGAAAGUUGCAGUCUUUGAGUAGGAAACUCAAAAAUGCUUUUGUAAUGUAUGGGAUUAUGGUUUCAAAAUUAUCAUGCAAAUGUGAAAUAUGUUAAAAAUCUAAAUUUUGUUUGA